GGCGUGUUUCAGACACUCCUCACCUUGCAUUUUUUAAUACCUGUUAUCGUACAAGCUAGCUAGCUUGCUAUUAACAGGUACGUAGAAUGAGUGACAGACUCUCCAAGAAGUGGACCGUAGCGAUCCUACUUGGAGCAGGGACUGUGGUAGUGGCUGGAGGGAUUGCCUUGGGUGUCUACUAUGCAAGGAAGCGACACAAUGCAGCGCCACCACAGGACUCAGUCUAUGAUGAACAGCCAGUCAUACCAGUGGUGGAAGAGCCAGUCGUGGAAGUGGUGGAGGAGCCGGUCCUGCCAGUGGUAGAGGAAACUUGUACUGUUACCAUGGACAUGAAGCAGGAUUUUGCUGCAGGUGGUCCCAUGUUCCCCUUACAAGGCACUAGGGAGACAGACUUUGGGCGUGCUGCUGCCACCUAUGAAGAUAUCUACCAGGAUGUUCAGAACGGUCUAAAGCCGUUGUUUGACAAUGAUGCUUUGUACAGUGCAUUCUUAGAAUACAUUCAAGUAUCUACCAGAGCACUCGAAAGGCUUAAAUCUCUCUCAGACUGCCUCAAGCAGUAUGAAGGUGCGAUAACAGCCAACCAACCAGCUCCCACGAACACCUCGACUGAUCUCAACUCCAUAAUUAAUGCCCUGAGUCCUGGCUCAGAGCUACUAGCAGAGGUGAAGUCUCUCACUCCCCUCCUGGCUGCACUAAUGGAGUGCCCAUCUCACAUUAUAAGGAAUGCUGUUAGUCUAACCUCAACCAAGAGACAAACACUUGUGGAUCUUAUUCGGAGUACCCCGUAUGGAGUGGACAAGUAUGUGUACAUGAACGAAGGGCCCUUUAGAGACUCUGAUCUGCAGCCAUUCAUGACACGAAUGGGGUUCAGUAUUCCCUCGUACCAGUCCAAACUAACAUUCUCGGCUGAUGAUACUGAUGACAAGCUCACUACUGGACUGUUUCUACUGCUUGGAACUGCAGGAUCUAGCUAAACCCACAUAAACCCUGUAGAUGACCCGAUUAUUAAUUUGCGUUUGUUGGGUAAUUAAUUGCGAAACUCUCUUCCAAUUA